UCGUCAAUUUAUAUGGAUUGCUAUGUGCUGUUAUAUGAAUUAUCAGAUAGUGCUUGUUGCAUUGAUUAAAGUUAUGUGAUGCGAUUGGGAAACGGCAGAGAGGAACGUUUGUCACAUACAAACAUGCGCCCUACAAUAUUGCUAGUCUUUCUAUCAGUUUACAGAAUGGACUGUGAGGCAGGCCUGAAGUCCUGGUACAACAAUUGGCUAGAGACCGUCAAGGUUUGCUCCAGUGUCUGUCCUCUAUUCCACAACCACGUAUGUGGGCUCGACCCUAGGCUGGGGUAUAUCUUAGCAGACAACAAUUGUUUGUUAAUGCAACAUAAUCUUUGUCGCAAAACAGAUUACAAGAUUGUCCAAGACUCGACCUGUGAGGGGUUACUAAAUGCUACAAGAGAUUAUUUACCGAAAAUUCUAACCCUUACAAAUUCCAUAGUUUAAUUCUAAUGUUGCAAUGCAAUGUUACACUGUGUUCAGUUAAUAUAACAGAUCAGAUUAUCUUAUGAAAUUUAUUUUAUCUGUAAUGUGUGUUUAAAUAUAAAAUUAAAUUGUACUGCAGUUAAAUUAUAGUAUAUGGUAAAGUAUUCUUUUUAUUUUAAGUUUUAAAUUAUUAAAAUAUUUUUACUGUAUUUAAAUAUAUUAGAGAAAUGAACCUCUCUUCCUGCAUUGAAACAGAUUCAUACUCCAUUCAUAUUAAGAUUAAACUAAAAGUUGCAAAUAUUAAAUUUUAAUACACUGACAAUACUAAGUACAGGUAGAGCAUAAAUAAUCACACACACACACACACACACACACACACACACACACACACACACACACACACACACAUUGAUAAUUAAUUAAUUAAAUUAGUUAUAUGUAAGAGGGCUUGUAUAUAUUUAAUUAGUUUAAUUAAUAAAUUUUGUAAAUAUUUAUACACUAUUUAUAGUUACAUCUGAAGAAGUAAGCUAAAGACGUACGAAAAUUCAUAAAGAGUUUACCAAUA